AUGGGUUGUUCCGACUAUGGUAUAGUAGCUAAAUCAACAGGAAUGGCUACCACAGUAAGAGUUCCAAGAGAAAGGCAAUUCCACGUAGUGCCCGUACCUGGGGUUUUCACUCGUGGUCGGUGGAAGUGCCGUGACUAUCGUGAGGAUGACCAUCCAGACUCUCGCGACCAAAUUCUUGAUUUUACUGAUAUACGAGAACGAGAAGUAGGAGGCGAAGCUGCUAAUCCCGUAGAAAAGUCGCAGUCACAUGAGAAACCAACUGAGAUGAAGCCCAUCGCGGAGUCAGCUCCAGUGAAUGAUCCGAAUCCUUCUCCUUUAAAAGAAUCAUCCACGAUUGUGGUGACCUCCAUCGCUCCAGCUCCUCCGACACCCCAACAUAGCAACCAUCACGCUGAAGCGACAGAACGGGCCAUACGGGAACUUGAAAGGGGAAACCUUCCGAAG